CCGCUUCGAGUGCCAGAACUUUAAAAAGUCGCAGCUGAAUUUUCCGCUGAUUUUUCCCGUUUCCCGCGAAGCUGCAAGUCGCGCUGCCGGCGUCCCUGACGACGUCGACGUCGUCGAUCCCAUUUCACGCGUCGCCGCUUCGUCUCGCCGUCUCACUCACCCCUCCCCGAGUCCCGCUCACUUACGACUCGACGCCCCAUCUCCCUUUCACCCCCAUCUCUCUCUCUGAAACCUCCCAGCGGCACCCUGUCCUGCAACCAUUUUAACAACAACUAAAAAAAAAGUUCAAAAAAAAAAGAUAGAGAAAGAGAGAGAGAGAGUGAGAGAGAAAGAGACAGAGUCGCCAACUGUAACGUCAUCUUAAAAAAAACGAAAAAAAGCAACAAAAUCGGAGCGACAUAACAACAUCAUCAUUCAACAAUAAUAACAACAACCGAACGCAUUUCAUUUUUAACAACAACACUAAAACCGAGGAAAAACGGUCAACGACAUUACAACAACCACAACAACAACGUUAACAUUGCAACAUUAGCGAAGAGCAAAAAACAACAAAAUAGCAAUAACGAAAGACUGCAACAACAAAAUAGCGAGAGAAAACCAACAACAAAACAGCAAAUAGGAAAAUGCCCAAAUGCGAUGUGAAAACGCGCUACAUUCCUGCGACUUUCGCCUGGAUUGUUCUGCUAUUAACCACAUUUCUCUUCUUCUUCUAUCCCUGCCAGUACUAUGUGAAGAGCCAUCCAUGGGUGCUGGCCUACCAGGGCGUUAUCACAUUCUUCGUGCUGGCCAACUUCACGCUGGCCACCUUCAUGGACCCGGGCAUCAUCCCCAAAGCCUCGCCCGACGAAGACUGCGAGGAGGAGCUACGCGCCCCGCUCUACAAGAAUGCCGAGAUCAACGGCAUCACCGUCAAGAUGAAGUGGUGCGUCACCUGCAAGUUCUACCGCCCGCCACGCUGCUCCCACUGUUCUGUCUGCAAUCACUGCAUAGAGACCUUCGAUCAUCAUUGUCCGUGGGUCAACAACUGCAUCGGCAGGCGGAACUAUAGGUUCUUUUUCUUCUUCCUCGUCUCACUCUCCAUUCACAUGCUGAGUAUUUUCUCGCUGUGUUUGGUCUACGUGCUGAAGAUAAUGCCCAAUAUCAAGGACACGGCGCCCAUUGUCGCCAUGAUCCUGAUGGGCCUAGUGACUAUACUGGCCAUACCCAUCUUCGGCCUGACCGGCUUUCACAUGGUGCUGGUGUCGCGGGGUCGGACGACCAACGAGCAGGUCACCGGAAAGUUCAAGGGCGGCUACAAUCCGUUCUCGCGCGGUUGCUGGCACAACUGCUGCUACACCCAAUUCGGACCGCAGUACCCCAGCUUGCUGAACCCGAAGAAGUACACCUCGCGGCGGUCGCAGACGCAGAGUACGCCGAUUAGCACGAUCUGUAACGACCGGAGCAACCAGCAAACGGGCGGCGGAGCGGGCGGUAAUGGUACCGCUGCCGUGCCCGGCGGACAGGGCGGUGGCGGCGGCGGCGGAAACGGAGCCGGCGGUGGCGGUAUGCGCGGCACUGCGGUGCAAUACUCACCACGCUCCUUCUACGACGCGAGUCGCGAGAAGCGCGGAAUUCAGGUAAAGACUUAUAUGGCCGAGGGCAAUGGUUAUAAUCAGCGGUCGGGCAGCACAACGCUUUACAGUAAGCUCUCGCCGGGACGUGAGUGCUCCGACACGGACCUAGAACCGCCGCCCGCCUCCCAGAGCCAAGACUGCGAACCAACGCCGCCGCUGCAGCGCCACAACUCGACCAGCUUUUACCUGCCGCAGGUUAGCGAUGCCGGCGGACUAAAUGGCAGUAUUUCCACAGGCGGAGGAGCCGGCGGUGGCGGUGGUGGAGGUGACUCCCCACGUCACAUACGGCUAUACCACCCGCGUCACAGUCCGCACGCGAGGCCCAGGGGUCUGGAUCCACAGCGCGGCUAUACGAGCGACGCCCUCUCGCCGGAUCAUCCUGUUCCCGUUGGCUACAGUGUCGUCGGUGUCAAUGGUUCGCAGCAGCAGCAACAACAGCAGCAGCAACAGGCCCUGGCAGCGGCAGCAGCGGCGGCGGCGGUGGCAGCACAAAAUCAACGCAGCGCCGCUACCACGGCUACGCCUACCAUGCAGCAAAGGAUCAAGCCGCUGGGCGUGGCCACGCCCCUGGUGAUGGCGAGUCCAGUGCGAAGAUCGAACCCGGGCACACCCACCCAGCCGAGACGUCCCGACUUUAUCGGUCUCAAUGCCCAGGCGGUGGCCCAGCAGCAGCAGCAGCAGCAGCAACAGGUGGCAGCGGCAGCGGCUGCUUAUUACGAAUACACAACCGGCCUGCCGCCACAGCAUCCGCAGGCGCCCAGCAUUCAGCAGCAGCAGCAGCAGUUGCUCUUCCAGCAGCAGCGCGCUCUCAUGCAGCAUCAGCAGCAGCAGGCUCUGCAACAGCAACAGCAGCAGCAGGCGGCGGCGGUACAUGCAGCGCAUCCCCAGCACGCCGCUCUGGCACAGGCCGCCUAUGGCGGCAGUCCGCAGCGGCGCUUUCUCUCCGAGGGCGAACUGGUACGCCAGGGAGCCGGCGGGGUUGGUGUGGCCGGCGGCGGAGAACUUUCCUAUGCGCGGUCCAACAACACGGUCGACAACAUACGAGAGCUUGCCGGUAGUCCGCAGCGUGGUGUCUACAUGUGGAAGGACACGUCGCCCGGGUUUACCAGUUCCGCCGGACAGCAACAGCAGCAGCAGCAGCAGCAGGUGGUCAGCAGCAGCGGCAUAGGCAGUAGUGCGGGCACGCUGUCGAGCAGCGGAACCUCCGGCGCGGGGGUGAUGCCGCAUGCCCAGUACAUAACGGCAGGCGGUGGAGCCCAUCCACUGAUCAUGACGCACUCGCGUUUGCAGGAUUACGCUAUGCAGCAGCAGCAGCAGCAGCAACAACAGGCCGCGGCGGCAGCAGCAGCAGCAGCGGCAGCCUCAUAUCAUCGCUCUAACCCAACGAGUCCCACCACCAUGCCGCAGGUAUCGGGAGCGGGUCAGAGCUACAUAAUGCGCUAUGGCGGUGGAGCUGGAACAGCAGGCAGCAGUGGCAGCUUGGCGAGCGUGACGGGCAGUAGUAAUCCAUCCACCGGAGGAGGAGGCGGAGGAGGAGGAGGAGGAUAUCAACCCGCCUUACGCGGUGGCGUGGCUGUCUUCCCACCCAAUCCCAAUGCAGGAGUUGGCAAUCUUCAGACGCAGCCCUCGCCACAGAUUAAGAGAAAACAAACGCCGACGCGUCCCAUGAGCUUUGUGCGGGCUUUGGAGAUGACCGACUCCAUGGAGAUGCAAUCACUGGAGCAGCAGCAGCAGAACGGUGGAGUGGCAAGCAAUCAGCAGGCGACGGGCGGUGUCCUAAUGCAGAACAGCUCCAGCUCGAACUCAGGUACGCCGGAUAGGGCCAGCAUCUAUGACAUGAACUAUGAGAUCUCCGUAUAACCCGUGGUGGUGCCCGUGCUCCUGAUGCCGCCUGCCAGUCAAAAUCUACCGGCAGCUGCGGUCACAACAACAGCCCCGGCGGGACACCUGUACAAUCCGCAGCUGGAGCCGGCUGCCUAUGCCUCCGUUCCUGUAUUGCCACUGAAGCCCAUGGGCAAUGGCAUAGGCAACACUAGCCAUCAGCAGCAGCACCAUCACCAUCCGCACCACCAGAACCAGAACCAGAAUCAGAACAAACGCAAGUUUUCAACCUUCUUCUAGGGACUAGGAAUGAUUGAUUGAUUGAUUGCGGCCGAGAGAAUUAUUUACGCGAGUUGAAUGUGUAUAUAAUGAUAGGUAGACCCCCCCCCCAGUUGUGCUGUUGCUUUACCUUUUUAAGUAAUUUUAUUAUGUAAUAUUUUAUGCUCUUUGUUUUAACAUGUUUUAAUUUUAUUUCUUAUAUUUUUUUAAAACCCCUCUUGAACCAAAAUUAUUGAAUGCUUUUUAUAUAUUUGGUAACACAAAACGAAAACAAAAUAAAGAACGGAAAUUGUAAUGAUGAAAAAACGAAAAAGAAAAAUAAGGAAAUUGAGAAAUUGACAAAUUGGACGUUUCAUUUCUCGACAUUCGAACAAACCGACGCUAUAUCUAUAAUAUAUAAAUUAUAUAGUACACACUAGGGAUGUCAACAAAUAUCGAUUUAUCGAUGCAUAAAUCGAUCUUUUAACGCUGCGAUAUAUGUGCUUUAAAUCGAUAUUUUGUGGGAUAUAUCGGACCAAUAUAAUCGUGAAAAAAGAGACGAUCUUUUAUAAUAUCGAUAUUUUCUCAACUUCAAAUGCGAUUUUUUCGAUAUUUCAUAAAUUUGAUUUAUCAAAGUUUAUUUUAUAAUCAAUAUGAUAUUGAAAGCAAAAUGCGAUAUAUGUGCGUUAAAUCGAUAUUCUGUGGGAUAUAUCGGACCAAUAUAUAUAAUCGCAAAGAAGAGAGAGAUAAUAUCGAUAUUUUAAACUUUAAAUGCGAUUUUUUUGAUAUUUAAUAAAUUUGAUUUAUCAAAUAUUAUUAUACUUUUUUUGAUAUAUAAUAACGGGCUCUUUCUCUCGAUAUACGUCCCUAGUACACACAAAACAACAACAACAUAUAUGGAAACCCUUUGCAAUCAACUUGAAAAUUGCCAAAAAAGAGAAAAAACAAAAGAUUUGUAAGACAGCAAAUAUACAAGAAACAAAAAAAACACAAAAAAAAACAUACAAAUAAUGUAAUGUCUGUGUCUCUGUAUGUGUGUGUAUGUGCCGUGUGCUUGCGUGUGUCUGUGCUUAACCAUUAGUCUAUAAAUUUAUACAACUAUUUAUGCCAUAUAUUAUGUAUAUAUAGAUAAAGGAGGUGCAGAUAACAUUUUUUGUCAUUUGUGUAUAUAGAGGCGAAGGCGAAGGAGCAACCGAUUUGUGCUUAGAAUACAGAGAUUAUAUGUUAAAUAUGAAAUCGUGACGAGAGAUAUCAAUAUCUGUAAAUAAAAUCCCCUCAACAUUUUUUUUUUAUUAUUAAAAAACUACAUACCUCCCAGUCCAGAAGUCAACUGAUUCGAAGAGGGAUAUAUUGCGAGCACACGCUUCAUUUUAUAAUAUUUAUUUUUUUCCUUCGACUUUAUAACUCACAAUACCAGAAGGGAGGGAUAGGAAAAGCCCUAAUCCUGAAUGUCGUCCAAUGUCCUGUCUAUAAGUGUAGGUGUAUCCGGAUCAGCUCCAACUUUGUUGUUAUGUUUUUAAGAUUGAAUCUAGCUCUUAUACCCCGAUUGUGUGUGCGUGUGCGUGUGUGCUUUAGAUCAAUUCAAAUGCAUGUUCUUGUUUUUCCCAAUUUUAUUUUUAAUUUUUUUUUUUCUUUCCCCAACUUUGCCUGAUUUGUAACUAAAAGUAAUGAAAAUGGCAAAAUUUCUAGAUACAUAAUAUAUUUGCUGUAACAACAGAGAAUUAUACAUGUGUAAGAGAUAGAUCAGUCCCCCAAGUCCGAUCCUAGCCCCAUGAAUCAACACACAACUUGUAUAGAGACUAUAUGCCAGUAAGGUGUGCGACAUGAGUAAUGGAACAGCUACCCUCUAGCAGCACUUUUUUUUGUAUCCAGUCAUCCAUUAGGUUUUUAUGGGAAUUAUUAAGAGUAAGAAAUAUAUAUUACUGCAGGUAUGCCAAAAAUACAAAUACGAUCCAUUUACAUUGUAAAUCUUAAAUUCAAAUUUAUACGCUGGAUCUUGAGAGCGAACGCUGCCAUUCACUCAUUUCGCACACCUUAUAUAUAACACGGAUCAAGAGUAUAUAUAUAUAUAUAUGUAUACAUAGAGUAUAUACACGUAUAUUUAAGCGUUUUUUGCUAACACACAUUAAUUCAUGAAUUUGCAACAAUAUAUAUUUAAUAUUAAUACAGAAAAAAGCAUCAAGAAAUGAAAUUAAAACGAAAAAAAUGUAAUGUGUAAAAUGUAACAAAAAAACAAAAAUGAGAAAAAACGGAUGAAAACGAAUUGUUUUAGAUUUUUAUACCAAAAUUUAAUUAGUGUAAAAUCCCACGAAUCGUUUGUCUUUUGUAUACCUUUAUAUCCUUCCCCCCUUCCUGCCUGCCUGCCCGCGAGAAUAAGGGAAAAAAGUAAUCGGAGACUCGGGGAGAAGGCCCAGUGGGAGGAGAUCGAUCCUCGGCGGGCCUUCCUCGGAGCUCAUAAAUGGUUUUUUUGUAUUGAAUACUUAUGUAAUUUGUAAAUUAUAUGACAAGUAAUCAAAUAGCAAGCAUAAACAGCAAGGCAAUUAAUAAACAAUACAAAUAAAAA